GUAACGUGCUCUGUUAGCUCCGCCCCCUCAUCUGUGUGGUUUAAAGGUCUGCGGUACCGCUAGCCUACAGUAAAGAGAAAAAUAGAGAAAUAUUUAGAGUAAUGGAGAAAAAUAUACCUCGAUACAACGUUCAGUUGUAUAUUUAUGACCUUUCCAGGGGAAUGGCUCGCAACCUUAGUCCAAUUAUGUUAGAUAAUUGUCAUUGGUUUAAACGGGUUCAGAAACUGUCAAAAUGGGCCUGCUGCCUCCUAUCAUCACCAACCGAUCUCCUUGUCGUUGUUGCAGGUAAACAGCUGGAUGGUAUAUGGCACACAGCUAUAGUUGCAUAUGGUGAUGAAUUCUUCUUCGGAGGGGAGGGCAUCUCCAGCUGUUCACCGGGAGGGACUAUGCUGGGGCCUCCAGAUACGAUUGUAGAGCUGGGCGAAACUGAAGUGACUGAAGAGAUCUUUAUGGACUAUCUCUCCUCUCUUGGAGAAACCACAUACAGAGGUGAGAGGUAUCGUCUGUUUGAGCACAACUGCAACACUUUCACCAACGAGGUGGCUCAGUUCCUGACUGGCAGGACCAUUCCGUCUUACAUCACAGACCUUCCAUCAGAGGUCCUCUCCACACCGUUCGGCCAAAUCCUUCGACCAAUCCUGGACUCCAUUCACAUCGCCCCUCCAGGAGGUAACGUCAUCAACGGUGGAAGAAACCUCUAACCUGCUCAAAGUUCUCUAGGUUACUUUACUUGUUGUUGAUCAUGUUGAAAUUUUGUUUCCUAUUUUUGUUUCCCCUUCAUUGGAAAUGAAGGAACCCCUACUUAAGAAGGAAAUAGUUUCGCAUUGUAUUAGAUUUUACAGUGUAUGGGUAACAUGACACUAAAUGCGACACCCUUUCCUAGUUCCGAGAGAUAUGUUGAUUUUGCUGUUUCAUUUUUAUUCACCCAUUCAUAAUUUGAGAUCAUUAAAUAUAUUUUACCAUCAGACAAAGAUAACCAGAGUAAAUAAAGUUUUUAAAGGAUGAUUUAAUUUAUGAAAAAAGCAAUUAAGUUUGAGAAGGUAAACCUAAGUGUAUUGCUGUGCCAUCCUUGGAGGCACCACCUGUUUUUAUUGCCAUUUCUGAUGAGGAGUCUUUUAUGACAAUCUUAUUUGAAGAAUUGUUUCAGCCUCAGAGAAAGGCUUUAAAGCAGAUGUGUUAAACUUUAUUAUUCAUAAAAAAGACUUGUUAAAUACUAAAGUAGCUAGAUUGUUAAAUAUAAAUUGCAAUGUUUUAUAUAAUCUCCAUCAAAAAAUCAGAUUAGUUGAAGGAGAGAUCACUUUUGUUGAGAUAAAAUUAUCAUCUUCCUUUCCAAGUCACAAGGUUAGGAGAAAAGAUUGGGAAGGUACGGUCCUAUUUAGAUGUAAUGAUAAUGUAGUUAGUCUUUUAAAGAGUCAGGUUUGAUAAAAUGGGGCUUAUGUCGUAAUUCGUGGCUUUAGGAGUGAGUAGGCACAUGGUGAGUGAGUAGGUUGGACAUGUUAUAUUUCUCUGCUAAACCUAGAUUAAAUAUAUUUAAGUCUUAUUUGAAAGUCCGUCCAGAUAUUCCUGCUUUAUGUUCAAAGAGAAAAAGCUACCUUCCUGGGAAAAAAAGAAGCCAUAAGCUGUACUAAACGCUAACUAGUUGGGGGAAAUAUUUAGUUUUGAUUGUUCUCGGAUUCCUUAACUCAAGGACUUCAAAAAAGAAGGAAAACAAAACAACAAAAGAAAAGAUA